AAAUGCAGCAUAAACUGUGACGUUUUCGCGGGAACUGAUCCUUCUGCUCGCUGUGUUGACAAGAACUAUACCCCGGUACAUAUUUUUAUACCCCGGUAUAUAUUUUUAUACCCCGGUAUAAAACUGCAAAUCCCAAAAGCUUGACUUUCCCUCUUCGAAGGACCGUCAUGUUCUCCGACAUGAGCGCCGGGAAGCCGGGCUCCUCUCUGCUGUGCCGGCCGGCCUCGGAGGACCAGGACCAGGGCCAGGGCCCGGUGUUUGAGCGCGUGUCGCCGGCCUACAGUCUGUGCUCCGAGCGCUACACGGUCGGCGAGCGGAGCUUCAGCCGCCAGUACGCUCACAUCUACGCCACACGACUCAUGCAAAUGCGGCCCCUGCUGUCAGAGAGAGCGCAGCAGAAGUGGGGAUCGGACGUGCUCAUCAGGAAGCUGUGUGAUCUUCAGACAGGGGAGCAGUGUUGCAUUGUGGGAACGUUGUUCAAGCGUAUGGAGCUGCAGCCUUCGAUCCUGAAGGAGAUCAGCGAGGAGCACAACCUGCUACCUCAGCCGGCUCGAGUCAAAUUCAUCAGCGACACAGACGAGCUGAUUCUGGAGGACGAGCUGCAGAGGAUCAAACUGGAGGGAAACAUCGACAGAGACAAGUGUGUCACAGGAAGUGUUAUUGCGAUAUUCGGAGCAGAGAAGAAUGACGGGAAGUUCACGGUCGAGGACUUCUGCCUCGCAGAUCUUCCUCUGCAGACCCCGAGACCUGAACUCACCUCUGACCGGUUUGUUCUCCUGGUCUCUGGACUGGGUCUGGGCAGCAGUGAUGGCGACAGCAUGUUGGGUCUGCAGCUGCUGGUUGACAUGGUAACGGGUCAGCUGGGCGGCGAGGGUCUCUGUAGUCUAAAGCAGAGCGGAGUCUCUGUAGUCUAAAGACAUACACACCCCAGAGUCCUGCUGGUGGGAAACCUGCUGAGCCAAAACACCCAGGACAAGGACGCACACACCAAGGUAAGGACAAGGCACAAACACCAAGGUAAGGACAAGGAUGCACACAUCUCUGUAAUGUGAGCGUGUGACUGAGUCUCGCUGCUGUUGCAGGCCUCUGUCCCCGUGGAUGUGAUGCCGGGCCAGUUCGACCCCACCAACUACACGCUGCCCCAGCAGCCUCUGCACCGCUGCAUGUUCCCGCUGGCGUCCGUCUUCCCCACGCUGCAGCUCGCCUCCAACCCGCACCAGGCGCACAUCCACGGAGUCAGGUUCCUGGGGACUUCGGGCCAGAACGUGAGUGAUAUCCAGAAGUACAGCAGCAUGGAAGACCACCUGGAGAUCCUGGAGGAGACGCUGAGGCUCCGACACCUCGCCCCAACUGCGCCCGACACGCUGGGUUGUUACCCAUUCUACCAAAAAGACCCGUUCAUCCUGGAGGAGUGUCCCCACGUCUACUUCAGUGGCAACGCCCCCAAAUUUGGAUCCAAACUCGUCAAAGGUGCGGACGGACAGGAAGUGCUGCUGGUGUGCGUGCCAGACUUCAGCAGCAGCCAGACGGCGAGCCUGGUCAACCUGCGCACGCUGACCUGCGAGCCGCUCGCCUUCUCGGCGUUCUCCGCCCACGGAGAAGACGAGAGCGAGAUGAACGUCAGCCACUGAAGGGGCCGCAUACUCCGACUUCUUCUUCUUCUUCUUCUUCUUCUUCUUCUUCUUCUUCUUCUUCUUCUUCUUCUUCUUCUGUGUGCGAAGAAGGGACGCCGUCGAGACACGAUGUCGUCCUCGACAACUAGCUACGGCAACACAUCUUGGACAAAGUGCGAAAACACAAGACUUUCACCGAGGAGAGAGAGA